AUGCCUACAUUCUCAAAGAAUUAUAAGUGGGAAGAUAACAGUGUAAAGAAAGCCUUUAAAAUGGUGGAAGGUAAAUCGAUGUCCGAAGAGGCCAGAGAGGUGAUAGUCUCUAUGAUGCGUGAUUUUACCCGAAGUCUGAUCAUGCAAACACAGCAACUGAAAGAAACAUCGAAACGUACGAGAAUAAAUACCAACGAUGUAUUGUUUGCCACUAAACUGUUGCUAAGCGAUGCACCUAAUCUCUGUAUGAUGGCAAAUGGCAAUGGUAUCGAGAUGUCAAAUCAAGCAAAGGAAUGCGGAAAGGUUAGAGAGUCCGAGCAUUUCAUUCGUCAAUCGAAAAUGAAGAAAACCAUUAAAGAUAUGCAAUUCUCAAAGUGUCACAUUGGAAAGGCUGCCGUUGCACACUUGACAGGUGUGGUAGAGGAAUUCAUAAAAGAAAUUCUCACUCUUGCUAUCUAUAUUGCUGGUAAUGGUGGAAAUACAAGAGUAACAGCUCAUCAUAUUAGAGUUGCAAUUGGAAACGACGAUGAAUUAGAUAAGUUUUUCAAAGAUAAAAUGGUUAUAAGACAAGGUGGUGUGAUGCCAUCUUUUGAAUUCAAUCAGUCAUUUAAGACUACACCACGUUUUGCAGUCAGUGCUGACCAAGGAGAUGAUUACGAUAACGAAAACUCAUUUGUGUUUGGAUUGAAUAAUCUUUCAAUCGCUUCACCUACCAGCAGAGUCGUAUCAAGAAAGAUGAAAUCAGAAGACUAUGAAGAUGAAGAAGAAGAUGAUUAUUAUGAUGAUGAUGAUGAUGAAUUUGAACAUGCAACAGAGUAUUGCUUCUAA